CUGAUCCGUUCCAAUCAGGGCAACUUGGCGAAAACUGUCUGUCCGUCUGCUUGUCUGUCUGUCUGUCUGUCUGUCUGUUGUCUGCCUUCCCAUAAAGACACGCAGCAAAAACACCUUAGGGACGGUCAUAUCACCACUCAUCUCAUCACCCACUCACUCAUCAGCGUGUUCACAGGCAUGUGUAUCUUGUGUCGUGCAUAGCAUAUGGCCAUAUGUUAGUUAACGUUCCUAUCAUCCAGCCAGCCAUCCAUCCAUCCAUCGAAGGAAUGCGAUGCGGGUCACGUCAAGCCGGCCGGCCGGGCAAGAGAGAACGAGCAAUUAACAUACAAAAACAUGAAAACCGUUGGUUGGCAGGCAGAGAGGCAGAGAGGGAGGGAGGGAGGGAGGGAUCUUCGUAUGUAUUUCUGUAUGUGUGUGUAUGUGUGCCUUCAAAUUCGCCCAUCCACCCAAGGACGGAAGGCAAGGCACCCGCAUUAAUGUGAGAAAUAUUCAUGGAUAAAGCCAGCAGGCAGCAAAACCAACAGGGUGCGGUGCGGUGCCCCACCCCGCAAUGCAUUCAUUAAGGGGAAGCAAGACGCACCGGCCGUCAGGCGGACCCACACAGGAAGAAAGGUGAGUCGGUGGGUGGGUGGCUGAUGGGUGGAUUAAAAUACGCAUAAAGACAUCCAUCCAGGCAGACAGACAGACAGACAUCCAGACGAACCCUCACUCACACACGGACACAAGACGUCCCUCCAUGCUCUCCUCCCAUCCCACCCCACCCCAUCCUCGUCUCGUUCACUCAAGAGUCGGCGAGCUGUACCUAUGAGCACACAGGCAGAGGGGCGUGGCGAUGAAGGAAGGCCAUCCCAUCUGGUGGGGUGGGUAUUGAUGUUUCUAUAUGUGCACGUAAGGUGUGACUUACUUACUGUAGGGGCUGCUGUUGGCUGUUGCUGCCGUCGGUCGCCGGCUGGUCAUCAGUCGCUGGUGGGACCACGGGAGGCUCCCCCUCACUCACACCCACACCCACACCCGCUGCUGCUGCUGCCGAUGGAUGCUCCUGCAAAUCACUCACCACACAUGGGUUUAUGGAUGUAUGGAUGGGAUGCCAUGUGUGUGAGCGUUUGUAUAGGCACUUGUGGCCCAGUGCCGCUGUCCGGGGGCAUCUGGGGGUCGGCCAGCUGCGGCUGUGGUGGCUGUGGCGAGGGGACACCGGCAGCCUUGGCGCGCUCCGCAUCCAACGCCCUCUGAACGCAUCCACCCACAAGUCAAUGCAUCCACAAAUGAAUGACCACGGACGCAGUGGCGUGUGUCUGUGUCUGUGUAUGUGUCUGUGUGUAUGGUAACAAUUGCUACCUACCUGUAGUUCUCUGACUUGGUCGGUGAGCAUCCUGUUCUCCGUCUGCAGCUGCUGAACCCUACACAAACAAGCAAGGCAAUUGACGGAUGGGGGGGAUGGGCACACGCAUUAAAUCAGUGCAUUUGUUCGUGGCUCUGUGCUGUGGUGUGCUGACUUGUUUUGUGUCAUGCUGAGCUCUCCCCGCAGCCUGGCCACCUCUCCGCCAGCCAUCUGGUCUCCAGGCUGACCGUGGGGCAUCCCGUGCGGACCAGGACCACCUGAAUGCACACGCGAAUGGAUGCGUCGACAAGGAGAUGGAUGGAUGGGUGGGUGGGUGUGAGGUGUGGGUACCUACCGUGAAAUGGGCCUCCUCCUCCGCCCAUGAACGGCUGGCUCAUGGUGUUGAGCGCCUCUGCUGAUACACACACAGACAGACAGACAGACAUACGCAACGAAAGCAUUCCCUACAUCCAAUAUAUCCAGGUGUCUGUCUGUAUUGGUGGGGUGGGAGUGACUGACCUGCGCCGGGAACGUUGUGGAUGUACGUCUCCUCGCCCUGCAUCCCAUACACACACACACACGAUUGGAUGGAAGGACACACUUGUGCGGUGUGUGCGUACCUUUUUGAUCUGGACCUUCAGCCUUUUGCCCCCUGCUCAGCUCACACACAAGAGAAUGAACACAUUCGUGUCUGUGGUGCGGUGCGUUGGUGCUGUAAGUGCAGGGAGGGCAUGGCAUAGCAUAUAUGAUGGCUCAUGUGGGUUAGCUAGUACCGCAGACAGCGUACGUACCCUGCACUUGGAAUCCGUUCAUCCCCUGCACAGCAUUCACCGCCGACACAACCUACACACACAUACACACAUCCAUACACACACAUACACAUCUAUACACGCGUGCGGCUAAGUAAGGUGUCACUUCCAUCCGUCCAGCCAUCCCAUCCAUGUGUGUGAUGCGAUGCGAUGCAUGUGUGUGUGUAUGUGAUACGUCAGAGAAGGAGACGAAUCCGAAGCCCCGGUUGCGGCCCGUCUGCUUGUCAGUCACGAUGCACGAACUGAAUAAAGGCAGCACACACGCAUUCCAAUGUGGCACACGUACGCUUGCAGGAAGGCAUCCAUCCAUCCAUCGCAUUAACCUGAUGAUGUUUCCAUAUUUCCUGAAGUGCGUGUUGAGGUCGUUCUCCGUCCACUCGUUGGGCACAUGAAAUAUAAAGAUGUUCGCACCUGACACACACAUAGACGGAUGUGUGGCUGUCUGUGCGUGUGUGUGUGUGCGCGUGUGUGUGUGUGUGCCCACCAGGCGGUCCGUGGACCUGUCCGCUAGGGGUGGUGCCCCCAAUGGCGCCGUGAGACGAUGACGGCACAGAACCUUCACUCACACACAUCACAUACACACACGACAGACAGAAACAUAGAAAUGGACACUCGGACACCGACAGCCUCUGUCCGUCCCUGCGGCUGUCUGUCUGUCUGUCUGUGUGUCAUUCAUUUGUGUGGACGCACCAGCGCCCUGCUGCAGUGACGACGAAGGAAGGGACGCCUGCAUUGCAUUCGGACACAUACACAGACAGACAGACAGACAGACAGACGGAACACCGGUCUGUACAUAUGUUUGCUGUCAGCUCAGGCCAGGGGCCAGGCCAGGCUCCCUUUCCCUGUGCUGUGUGUGUGCGUACCUCAGUCUGUCUGUCGGCACCGAGCUCAGGCGGCCGCUCCCAUGUGGUGAUGCCCGUCGCAUUGUUCUGGUAGUACGGCCUGCAGGGGGCAAUCAGAUCAGAUCAGAUGCACACACAGACCAGACAGCGGAUAUCAUAUGAUAUGUGUGAUCGAUGUGUGUGUAUGUGUGAGGGUGUGUAUGUGUGAGUCUGUACCUUCCCUCUGGCGUCUGGUACUCGGUCCACAAAGGCGUCGCGGUCUGCAGCCAUUCCAUGCACACACACAUGCCAUGUGUGCACUACUGACUGUUGUUGUGACUUUGGUUGGUGGUUGUGCGGUCGGUGAGAGUGUGACCUGACUGACUGACCCGUGCUGCUGCCGCUGCCGCUGCCGCCGCUGCUGCUGCUGCUGCUGCUUGUGGUGCCAUUGCCGGUGGACCGCCCGCCGCCUAAAUUGAUUCAAGCAUACAGACAUACACACAAGGAUGACGCACAGCACAGCACACUGUGUCCGGUCGGAAUCGACCCACUUUGGCCAUCGCUGAGGGCAUUGCAGACGCAGACGUCUGUGGACACACACACACACACAUACAGACACACACGGACAGACCCCAUACCCACUACAGAUGGUCGUCUCCUUGGCCAGUUCAGUUUGUGCGUGUGUGGGUAUACAGCUAUCCCCCCAGCCGUUGACUCACUGACCUCUUUCUCCAGUUCAGGUGGCCGCUCCCACGUCGUCACACCGGUAGCUGGAUUAUAAAAGUAGGGCCUGUACGGACAACACACACGCCACGCCGUCCAACCGCAAUUCAAUGCAUUGCAAUGCAAUGCACACAGUUGUCAUUCAUGUGUUGACCCACCUGCCCUCCUGGGUGGCAUACUCCUGCGGACAGGAAAGGUCACAAAACCAUCAUCCAUCAAGACAGGGCGCUUUUCCUCACUGCUGGUGUGUCACCCACCCCACCCCGACCCACCUGCCACUGUGGUCUGGCCGGUACUGUGUGUGGUGGCUCCUGCUGCCCAUACCCUCCACCACCGCCCGCCAUACCACCACCCACCGAAUUCAUCUGCAGUGUACACACAUUUUAUGAAUGCCAACACACACACACACAGAGGGAGGGAGGGAGGGAGGGAGGGAGAGAGACGAUGCUCGCGGUGUGCAGUGAUGGCCGUGUGUGCUACAAUUGUGUGUGACGGCUCACCACGCACCCCACAGGCAAGAGUCAAAAAUGACGCAAAAAUGGGCAGUGGCAGCUCUCAGUCAACUCAUGACAAAUCGAUCACCUAGUGGCUGCACACCAACACACACAGGGAAACACACACACCCAGGCAGGCACGAGUCAGUCAGCCCAUUGAUUGCUAUGCUUCUCUCUCUUUCCGGUGCGCAGCGUGCUGCCACGUCAUCCAUUGUGUGUGCUCUGCUUCUGGCUGUUCUCUCCUCUCUGUCUGUGCGCGUCAAGAGCAGCCCCUCCUCUCUGGUGGUCUGUGUGCCGCCAUCGCCUGCCUCUUUGCGGCCCCAAACACGUAAUGCACGAGUGAGAAGCAUACCUCUUGUGUCAGAUCUGCCACUGCGCUGUCGAAAAAACCUCCCUUCGUCGAG